AAUAAAAUCCACGCCCGACCAAACCAGACCAACCCGACGUAUGUCUGGUAAUAUUUGAGAUUUUUUGGCAUUUUGUUCUAAACACACCCACCCCCCCCCCAAAAAAUCAUUCUCAAGUUUGGAAGAUUAGAUUAAUAUUCUGAAGUUCCAAAGUCCAAACCCAACGUAAUCACACGAGAAUUAUAAUAAAAUUCCAAACUUUGAACAUUACAAAAAGAGCCUUCUGCGAAAAGACCCGAGUGUUCUGUCUAUUUGUAUUGUUGUCAUCCUGCAACUUGGUUGAGCAGUUUUUGCAGGGAAGUUUUUAACUUUCUGGUUGUUGAACCCUUUUAACCAAAUUUUAGUUUGAUUCUGGAGUGAACCCAUUUUCAGAUCUUGGCAUAGUGAAGUGUUUUGCUGCCUUUUUGGCGCCUUUUGGGUUGAGAGAUGAUGAUUUGAUUAUGAAGCUUCUUCACAUUGUGGGUUGAAGAUCAAAGAACCGUUCUUUUUCCGUGCAAUCUGAACUUUUGAAGUGUAUUUUUGUGUUAAGGAGCAAAGAGUUUAAUUGAAUGCGAAGUUUUUAGUGAAAUCUUACAAAUGGGGGCCUGUUUAAGUUUGGAAGAGGAUUUACAGAGGGCAGAGAUUAAAGCUGUCCAUCAAUUUCCUGAAGUACCUGCUAAAGCAAAUUCUGCACCUCCUAGAGCGGCACCAAAUGUGCUGCAAAUCAACAGUGCUGAGAGAACAAAUAAUGUGGUGGUAAUUUCAAAAAAUGUGAAGGAUCUGCGCCGAAAUCCAGUUAGUGGUAAUCUUGAUAUUUUUUCAUAUGAAGAGAUGAAACUGGCUACCAAGCACUUCCGACCAGAUCAGGUCCUUGGAGAGGGUGGAUUUGGCAUUGUAUAUAAAGGAGUUAUAGAUGGAAAUGUGAGGCCUGGUUAUAAAACCACUCGUGUGGCCAUCAAAGAACUUGAUCCUGAAGGUCUGCAGGGAGACAGAGAAUGGCUGGUAAAUCUCUUGCCCUUGGCGUUGCUGUGUGUUUUGCAUUUUUCUUUUCUAUGUUAUGCAUUAUUUACUGUUACGAAGUUACAAUUGUGAUUAGAUGCAAUCCCACAUUGAAAUACAAAAAGUAGCGAGCAAAUCAAUAAUAUUUUUAUUUUUUAUUUUUUAGCUUUUACCAGGAAUAGGAAAAUUAGGAAUUACUGAUAGCAUUUGCAGUUACUAGGCAAUCACCCUUGGUUUCAAGUGCUUUUUGUUUUAAGUGCCACAGGAGGAGUUUAGUGUAGUCUUGUAUCUUAAUGUUAUGUAUAGGAUUGGCACCUUUCGAUGUCCUGUUCUGGAGUUCUGUUUAUUGGCUGACAAACUAUGACACGACGAAUUUCUUUACUCGUGGGGAAGUUUACACUGCCUAAUUUUAAGUUUUUCACAAUUUAUUUCACUUCUUUUAAUGUAAAAGCUUCUCCCUGAUGGAGACUGCCUCAACGCAUGGCUAUUUGAUGCUUACAAAAAGUAAUCAUUGUCGUAAUGAGAUUUUGCAGGCAGAAGUAAACUACUUAGGGCAACUACGUCACCCUAACCUGGUCAAGCUCAUUGGAUAUUGCUGCGAUGAUCACCACAGGCUGUUGGUGUAUGAAUAUAUGCAGUCUGGAAGCCUGGAGAAACAGCUGUUUUCAAGAGUAUGUAAUACACUGACAUGGUCAAGAAGGAUGAAAAUUGCAUUAGAUGCUGCAAAGGGGCUUGCUUUUCUUCACACUGCCGCAAGGCAGAUCAUAUAUCGAGAUUUCAAGACUUCCAACAUCUUAUUGGACGCGGACUUCAAUGCUAAACUCUCUGACUUUGGACUCGCGAAGGAUGGGCCUAUGGGAGAUCAGACACAUGUAUCUACACGGGUGAUGGGUACUUAUGGUUAUGCUGCUCCCGAAUAUGUCAUGACUGGACAUUUAACUGCUAGAAGUGACAUUUAUGGGUUUGGGGUAGUUUUGCUUGAGAUGCUCAUUGGAAGAAGAGCAAUGGACAAAAGCAGGCCUAGCCGGGAGCAUAAUCUUGUCGAAUGGGCCCGCCCACUCCUGAAUCACAAGAAGCUAUUAAGAAUUCUAGAUCCUAGAAUGGAGGGGCAGUACUCCACGAGAACGGCUAUGAAGGUUGCUAGUCUUGCAUAUCAAUGUCUCAGCCAGAAUCCAAAAGGGCGGCCUGACAUGAGUCAGGUUGUCGAAAUACUCGAAGCUGUUCAAACAAAGGGCGAAAAUCAAGAAGAGGCAAUGCUCCAAAGCGGGUCGGGGAGCAUCACUCUUUUUGAAGUUCCUAAACAAGUGGAAGGAACACCAAAAAAUGAGGCGCACUCGGUCAAGUCCAGGAGCGAAAGAUAUAAUACGCCUAACACAAACAAACACAUGAAUGGAAGGCACAAAAGUGAACCUCCAAAGGAGUUUGAUCUCUACAGCCCUUCUCAUACGUUGGACUUGAUGAAAGAUGAGAAUCAACUUCAGGAAAGUGAAGUUAGAAUUCAUCCUGUUAAGCAAUUUCAGGGUGAAUGAUGUUUGGAAAAUCUUUUGUGUUUUAUGGAUUGUGGGAGUUUAAGAUGCUCAAGUGGGCAUCAUAUGUGAAAAUUAUGCAGCUAUAUCUCUCUGUAUGUAAAAUAUUCGUGUUAUUUGGUGUUGGGGUCUUCAAACCCGAUGCUGCGAGAAGAUUUGCAGCAAAGGUCAACACUGAUGAUAAUCAGGUUUAAAUUAGGAUCUUCUGUAACUGAGCACGCUUAGUUUUUGCGUGUAAGCUACCCACUAAAAAAUUAAUGGUAGAUGUAGAAUGCCAUACAAUAUUGUUAACUACAAAUUCUAGCACCUUAAAGUGGUUGAGACAUUAGGGUUUCUCUGAAGAAGAUGUUUAUUGAUCUGCAUCAUGAUUUAAGGAUGGAUGAUGAGGACCUUGGUAUAUAUGGAUCCUGAGAGAUUGGGUCAACAAGCUGUGAUAACACAUGAUAGCAGAAGAUGUGCCACACAGCAACUCCAGAGAUUAAUGCCUUUGCAGUACAGAUACUUAGCAGCAUAUGGUGGUUUGUUCAUAGAAAAGUGGUGGCUCGCUUCUCUGUUAAGACCCCCCCGAAGGAGAUGUGUUGGACUAGGGAUUUGAGAUGAGAAUCAACUUAUCAAAUUGAAGAAUUUUCUGAAGCGUGACUAUCUUCUUGUGAUCAAUUUCAGGGUUCAUUGUAUUUUGAACCAAUUGCUAAUACGAACAAUGUACUACGCUUUCACUCAGUGAUUUUUUAAGAGUCACAUUAGGGGAAAAAUUGAUUAAUCUACCCUAAGCUUUACAUGCGUUGUCAAUUCUACCCUAU